CGGCACCGCCAGAGCCCUCCUGUUCUUUAAACAGCUCGAUCCUUGAAGCCCCUCUGCGCACCCGGCGCCUCAGUCUCCCGAUCCCCUGGACGCCUCUAGCCCUUGGGCCGCCUCCCCUCUCGUCCCCGAGCCCCGCCACCUUCGCAGGCCCCCAGGGCUGACCGCGUGGACGGCGGGAGCCGCCUCGCUCCCCUGCUGAGAUUGGCUGACCGAGGGUCCAGUGGCCCAGAGUUGUCUGAUGGGGGUAUGGAGAGACGGCCUGGGUUGGAAAUGACCGGGUAGGUUCCUCCGGGGAAGUCAGACAAGGGACUGACCGGCUUUGGAUCAGUCUCGGAGCCCUCUGACUCUCCAGCCAGGGUGAUGAGCUGGACUGCUCGGCUCCGGUGAGUCUGAACUUGUCUAGCAGACUGACUGGCUGACGGACUGUCAGACUAGUCCCCCAAGACGGACCAGCCCAUGCCCAAGCAGUUCUUGGGUACCCAACUGCUUGAAAGGUGAAAGGUCUGAACUGACAGACCCACCCAGUCUGACCAAGCCAGCUCACUUCAAUGACCUCCUGCCCCCACCACCUGUGCAGCCAUGGAGAAGAUGUCCCGUGUGACCACGGCCCUGGGUGGCAGCACGCUGAUGGGCCGUACUAUGCACUGCCACUUGGAUGCACCGGCCAACGCCAUUAGUGUAUGCCGUGAUGCGGCACAGGUGGUCGUGGCAGGCCGCAGCAUCUUCAAGAUCUAUGCUAUCGAGGAGGAGCAGUUCGUGGAGAAGCUGAACCUGCGUGUAGGUCGCAAGCCCUCACUCAACCUGAGCUGCGCCGAUGUGGUCUGGCACCAGAUGGAUGAGAAUCUGCUGGCCACAGCGGCCACCAAUGGUGUGGUGGUCACAUGGAACCUGGGCAGGCCAUCCCGCAACAAGCAGGACCAGCUGUUCACAGAACACAAGCGCACGGUGAACAAAGUCUGUUUCCACCCCACUGAGGCCCACGUGCUGCUCAGUGGCUCCCAGGAUGGCUUCAUGAAGUGCUUUGACCUCCGCAGGAAGGACUCUGUCAGCACUUUCUCAGGUCAGUCUGAGAGUGUGCGGGAUGUCCAGUUCAGCAUCCGGGACUAUUUCACCUUUGCCUCCACCUUCGAGAAUGGCAACGUGCAGCUCUGGGACAUCCGGCGGCCUGACCGAUGCGAGAGAAUGUUCACAGCCCACAAUGGGCCCGUCUUCUGCUGCGACUGGCACCCCGAGGAUAGGGGCUGGCUGGCCACAGGCGGGCGCGACAAGAUGGUAAAGGUCUGGGACAUGACUACGCACCGCGCCAAGGAGAUGCACUGCGUACAGACCAUCGCUUCUGUGGCUCGUGUCAAGUGGCGGCCUGAGUGCCGCCACCACCUGGCCACAUGCUCCAUGAUGGUGGACCACAACAUCUACGUGUGGGACGUGCGCAGGCCCUUCGUGCCGGCUGCCAUGUUUGAGGAGCACCGUGAUGUCACAACGGGCAUUGCAUGGCGCCACCCACAUGACCCCUCCUUCCUGCUGUCCGGCUCCAAGGACAGCACACUGUGCCAGCACCUGUUCCGUGACGCCAGCCAGCCUGUGGAGCGCGCCAACCCCGAGGGCCUCUGCUAUGGCCUUUUCGGAGACCUGGCCUUUGCUGCCAAGGAGAGCCUGGUGGCUGCUGAAUCAGGGCGCAAGCCCUAUGCCGGUGACCGGCGCCACCCCAUCUUCUUCAAGCGCAAGCUGGACCCAGCCGAGCCCUUUGCAGGCCUGGCCUCCAGCACCCUUAGCGUCUUUGAGACAGAGCCUGGUGGAGGUAGCAUGAGCUGGUUCGUAGACACGGCUGAGCAUUAUGCUCUGGCUGGACGGCCACUGGCCGAGCUCUGUGACCACAAUGCCAGGGUCGCCCGGGAGCUCGGCCGCAACCAGGUGGCGCAGACAUGGACCAUGCUCCGGAUCAUCUACUGUAGCCCUGGCCUGGUGCCCUCCACCAACCUUAACCACAGCGUGGGCAAGGGCAGCUCCUGUGGCCUGCCGCUCAUGAACAGUUUCAGCCUGAAAGAUAUGGCCCCAGGGCUGGGCAGCGAGACCCGGCUAGACCGCAGCAAAGGUGACACACGGAGCGACACGGUUCUGCUCGAGUCCUCGGCCACACUGGUCACCAAUGAGGAUAACGAGGAAACUGAGGGCAGUGAUGUGCCCGCUGACUACCUGCUGGGAGAUGUGGAGGGCGAGGAGGACGAGCUGUACUUGCUGGACCCAGAACACACGCAGUCCGAGGAGCCCGAGUAUGUACUGCCACAGGAGGCCUUCCCGCUGCGCCAUGAGAUUGUGGACACACCGCCUGGGCCUGAACACCUGCAGGACAAGGCCGAUUCGCCACAUGUGAGCGGCAGCGAGGCGGAUGUAGCCUCCCUGGCCCCCAUGGACUCCUUUUCGCUCCUGUCUGUCUCGCAUGCGCUCUAUGACAGCCGCCUGCCGCCCGACUUCUUCAGCACACUGGUGCGAGACAUGCUGCACUUCUACGCCGAGCAAGGUGACGUGCAGAUGGCCGUGUCAGUGCUCAUCGUGGUGGGUGAACGGGUACGCAAGGACAUCGAUGAGCAGACACAGGAACACUGGUACACGUCCUACAUCGACCUGCUGCAGCGCUUCCGUCUCUGGAACGUGUCCAAUGAGGUGGUCAAGCUGAGCACCAGCCGCGCCAUCAGCUGCCUCAACCAGGCCUCCACCACCCUGCACGUCAACUGCAGCCACUGCAAGCGGCCCAUGAGCAGUCGGGGCUGGGUCUGCGACAGGUGCCACCGCUGCGCCAGCAUGUGUGCUGUCUGCCACCACGUGGUCAAGGGUCUGUUCGUGUGGUGCCAGGGCUGCAGCCACGGCGGCCACCUGCAGCACAUCAUGAAGUGGCUGGAGGGCAGCUCCCACUGCCCCGCAGGCUGUGGCCACCUCUGCGAGUACUCCUGACUGGGCCUGCCUGCCCGCGGUCCCCGCAGCUCCGUAGGAACCGCGCUAGGCCUGUGAGGCUACACUGGCCUUCCUGACCUGUGCCGGGGUGGAGGGGCAGGGGC